CUUUAGGAAGGCGAAAAAUGAAUUGAAAUCUCAUAAAGGUGUAUUCAGAGCACACUCCAAGUGGCCCGUUAUGAAUGUAUCCUGGCCUAAAGUCGCUCCACAGAUAAGAGCUAAACAUGUAUCGAAACGUGUCACACAGAUGAUGCUGCAGGAAGAGCCCGAAAUAAGCACUCGAUACAUACCUUUAGAUGAUGAAGAUGGCUCGGAAUUUUUAAGCCCGUACGCUAUAAAGCAACAGCUCUCUCGUAUUUCGUCGAAAUUUCCAAAUACAAACAUAACUACUGAAGUCAUUGGUCGUACUGUGGAAUAUAAUGAUUUAGUAUUGAUGAAAAUCAGUGAAAUGAACGAUUUACAAAGACACUUCCGAGCUGAGGACGACAAAUAUGCCGAUGAAGCGCCGCAAAAGAAAAUAGUGUUCAUUGUUCAUGGUUUAAGUGUUAUGGGAAUAAGUUCAAUAGACUGCCUCUCGCAUGAUAAGGGAUUUACUAAGUUGUUGUCCUAUUACUUGACACAUUUAGAUAAUUUCGACAUAUUUCUGAUUCCACUGGCUAAUCCUGACGGUUUUACGGCCUCACAACAUAAAACAAUAUGGAACAAGAACGUCUCACCACAGAACGCUUGUCCUGGAGUAAACAUCGAUCGUAAUUUUGACGUCGCCUGGAACAGUUCGAACAUCAUUUCAUCUUGUAGCCAGCAGUACCCAGGGACAUCGCCUUUCUCUGAAGCAGAGUCCAGGGCGAUAAGGGACGUCUUUCACAAAUACGGCCAUAAAAUCGUUGCGUAUAUGCAUGUACACGCUGGAUCCUAUGCACCCUCUAUUUAUAAGGGGGAGGCAGUUCUCUAUCCAAGAGGAUUCUCAGAAGCACAAUUAGAUGACGACAAAUACAUAGAUCUGAAGGGAGAUAUCGAUGAAGCGAUGCGCAAUGCCAGUUUCAAAGCAGUCUCAGUGACCGUGGACACUUUACACAAUUGGUAUGGGAGGGUUUUUGGUUCAAGUGUGGAUUAUGCUUCUACGAUCUAUGGUAUCCCGUUUUCUCUAGAGCUCGUGAUGCAGCUGUAUGACAAACAUAUAUUUGACACAGUAGAAUUGUAUGAAGAAUCGGCGCUAUCUCAGGUUUGGAGCCGAGUCAUUGACGUUAUAUUUACGCAUAUAUGGCGGCAUAUUCAUGAAACUGAUACAUAAAUUUCAUAUACAAAUCUGUGUUUUACUA